GGUCGGUCACCAGAUGUAUCACAGCGGACACGGAUAUCACGGACCGCUCGCUCCGUUAGAUCACGAAGGUCGCGUGGUGGACACGCCGGAAGUGGCCCGAGCGAAAGCCGCGCAUUUGGCGACUCACAACUACGUAGCCUCCUCCUCGGCACCUGUCGCGCACACCGAAGAUCACUCGCGGAUUUACGAUGCGCCGGUUUACAGCCGCGGCUCGUAUCACGGCUCUGUGGCACCCUUGUCUCACGACGGCAGAGUGAUUAACACUCCCGAAGUGGCGCAAGCCAAACAAGCACAUCUUGCAGCUUACGCCGCUGCACUUCACGGUUACAAUAAUUAUUAACGUUUAUUUCAAUCUCUCUCUUUUUUUAAUUACAUAAUACUGUAACAAAACGCACCGAAACUAAAUUUAGCGGAAUUAUUAGAGACAAUGUUGUUAUGCACGUUGAUAUUGCGUAGAGAGAACGUACAUUUCUCAUCUUUGCAUCGAUUUCAUAAUGCAUGAUGACGUGUAUCGAGUUUCGCGAUGCACCGUAAAUCAAUCGCGCGCCUCCAGUCAUAAAUUUUAGAUGGAAACUAGACGGAACAAGAUUCAUACAUCAGUUGCGCGCUCGCUUCAUCUAAGACUCUCGUCGUAGCUCGUAAGAAAUACAAAAUAUUUUAUUGUUAUAAAAAAUCUCUUAUUUUUGUAACGUGUUUUAGUGUUUCUUUUAUAUUGUCAGUUUGAAUAAUUCUUUAGCACAAAAUAAAAAAAAGAAAUCAAUAAAAGUAAUUAAACCUAUCACAACACAAAAUGUGUCACAUCCUCGUUUGCGUGUCAAAUGCUCUCAAUUCUUAUCGUCGAGAUAAAACUUUUGAAUACAUUGGACGCGUGUGAUGCAAUAUUCUAAAACGAUAUAAAAUAUCGACGCACUUCGCGUGCAAUGUUUUCAAUAACGUUAGAAAGAAGGGCGUGAUUUAAGAGAGAUCCUGCAGUGUUGAGCAAUAACGUGUUAUAAAUAAUCGGUGCGAUUGUUCAGAAUCGAUAUGUGCAACAGGCAUGUGCCUGUCAACAUCCGCCUGCGACCUCGGCACGUUCGCCACAUAUAUAUCUCGUCGCCUUUUUUUGCGCCCGCGAACGAAUCCAAAGAAUCGAUUCGAUGUAUCGCUCGACUGCGUUCCGAAUAUUUGCACGAAUUUGCGGGCGAAUUUAAUUUAAUUCAAGGCUCGAAUUUCGCAGAGAUUGUGUUUCCAGGUAAGUCGAUCUCUUUCGAUGUGUUCUCGAAAAGUUCUCGGAUCUACAUUUCACACGACGUCAUUUGUCCUCUUAAUUACAAUUCGUACAUAUUUAAUUUGUAUUAAUUAUAAUUUGUAAAAACCUAAUUAA